AUGUUCGAAAAAUCGCUUUACGACCUCAUUCGAGGUAUGCGAAACCACAAAGGAAACGAAAAGGGAUAUAUUCAGAACUGUUUGAAGGAAUGUCGCACCGAAAUCCGCAGCCAGGACCUCGAUCUCAAGGCUACGGCACUUUUAAAGCUCGUAUAUCUCGAGAUGUUCGGACACGACAUGUCAUGGGCAUCUUUCCAUGUCUUAGAAGUCAUGGCCUCGCCAAAAUAUCACCAGAAGCGUGUCGGAUACCUUGGUGCCAUACAGAGCUUCCGUCCUGAUACCGAAGUACUGAUGCUAGCGACAAACUUGCUUAAGAAAGACGUUACAGGCGCUUCCACCACUACCAUCGCCUUACCGAUCAUCGCCUUGCCGCAUCUCAUUACCCCUUCUCUCGCUCUCUCGGUUCUCCCCGACCUAUUGCCCCGCCUCGGCCACUCGAAUCCUACCGUUCGAAAAAAGACAAUCGUAACGCUCUACAGAAUGGCGUUGGUGUAUCCCGAGGCGCUCAGAGCAGCAUGGCCAAAAAUCAAGGAAAAACUCAUGGACCCCAAUGAAGACCCGAGCGUCACCGCUGCUAUUGUAAAUGUCGUCUGUGAGCUAGGAUGGCGCCGGCCAAAUGACUUUCUCCCGUUGGCACCGAGGCUGUUUGAGCUGUUGGUGGACAGUGGAAACAACUGGAUGGCGAUCAAAUUGAUCAAACUGUUUGCUACUCUCACCCCCCUGGAGCCUAGACUUGUGCGUAAACUGCUUCCUCCCUUGACCGAGAUCAUCCGAACCACCCCCGCCAUGUCACUCUUGUAUGAAUGUAUCAAUGGCAUUAUACAAGGAGGUAUUUUGGGUAGUGGUGAUGACGAUAGUGGCCGGGAAGAGAUUGCUUCACUCUGUGUGAGCAAACUCCGUUCCAUGAUCAUGGUAGAUGGUGACCCCAACCUCAAAUAUGUUGCGCUACUGGCCUUUAAUCAAAUCGUGGUCACCCAUCCCUGGUUAGUUGCCCAGCAGGAAGAUGUGAUCUUGGAAUGUAUCGACAGCACAGAUAUAUCCAUUCGAAUCAAAGCUCUAGACUUGGUACAGGGCAUGGUCAACAGUGACAAUCUCGUCUCAAUCGUCAGUCGUUUGAUGAGGCAACUCAAGAACGCUUCUGCAGAAGAGCGCAACGCAUUGACCACGGACCCUACCGACCUCGAGUCAGAUGAAGAAGCUCUUGAGAGGAGAAUCAACCCUUCACAAAAAUCCAAAGACCAAGCUCCUCCACUCCCAGACGACUAUCGGAUCGAUGUCAUUAACCGUAUCUUGAGCAUGUGCUCUCAGCAGAAUUACGGCAACUUGAGCGAUUUUGAGUGGUACAUUGAUAUACUUACUCAACUUAUUCGCACAGCACCUUUGCCACGCCCAGCCAAUGAUACAGAUAUGCUCACAGCCUCUGGAAAGUCGUAUCCUGGAGAUGUAUCGGAAAGAAUCGGCGACGAGCUAAGAACUAUUACCGUCAAAGUCCCGGUGAUCCGCCCAGCAUGCCUGGAGGCUGCCGAAAUUAUAGUAAACCAGUUCAAUACAGAUGCAGCAACUGGAUCCCUUGCCACCUGUGGGGCAUUGAGGCCAAUCGCUUGGAUCAUAGGAGAGUUUGCUCAAGACCUACGAUCACCCGACGACUGCCUGAACACGCUUCUUCACAUGAUCCCACGCGCCUCGGCUCCCGAAUCAUUGGCCGCGCUCGUGCAAGCAUCCACGAAAAUUUUCUCUUGGAUUGCCAGCGACAGCCAGGCGCUAUGGACACCCGAAAGAAAGUCGAAGAUUGCGCUUUUGAUGGCGAGGAUCAUCCACACGUUUGAACCGUUGACAAUGCACCCGAAUUUAGAAGUUCAGGAGAGAUCAGUGGAGUUCUCUGAGUUGUUGAAGUUGACCGCCGAGGCCGUAUCCGGCCAGGACAGUGCAUUGGCUGAGGUGCAACACGAUGCUCCUCUGCUAUUGAUUCAAGCGAUUCCUUCACUAUUUGCAGGAUGGGAGCUGAAUUCUGUCGCUGCUGGCGCUCAGAAGAAUGUGCCGCUUCCAGAUCAGCUCGACCUUGAUGAGCCCAUCAACCCAAACCUCGAGUUUCUCUUGUCCUCAGCGGACAAGAUCACACUCCCAGCCGAUGAGACUGACGAGUUUGAGAUCUACUAUAACAAACGACCACCUCCGACUAGCAUUGCGUCGGAGCCAGCCAUCAGUCGACUUGUGGAAGCCAAGGAAGAGUCAAUCGGGUCUUAUCAGCAACCGACCGAAGACUCAUACCUGGAUGCAGAUAUUCUCGCUAGACGAAAGGCUGAGCGUCUUGAACGAAAUCGUGAUGAUCCAUUCUAUAUUGGAGAGACCAGCAGCCUGACGGGAACCUCAACACCUAUUCAUAACAUUCUACGAAACUCGAACGGACCUGACUUUGAUGUCGAUUCAAUACCUGUAAUGGAGCUUGAUCUCAACCAACUCAACGCCGGAGUAAGCGGGAAUGCGCCGACACAAAAGCCCAUGUCUGUGCGACCGAAGCCACGGCAGAAGAUUGUCAUUGCUGCUGAUGAGACGCUGAACGGUAGUGGUGGUUCUACGCCUCGAAACUACGAUUCUGAGAAUAAUUCGGAUAGUAUGGCCAAGCAAAAGACCAAGAAAACGAAAUCGGCAGCUUUACUUGGUAUCAGCUCUGCCAAUUUGGGAUCAUUCAACCUAGAGGACGAUCCCAAUAGCCGUGGGCAUGACUUUGAGGCCAAACAGCGCGAAGAAGCUGAGAUGGCUCAGGCUAUGAAGGAGGUUGAGCGACUGCGGCUUGAGAUGCAACGUGCUAAUGAGCGAAUACAAGUAGCACACGGUGUGGAUGCGGAUGGUACGGUAGUCAAGAAGAAGAAGAAGAAGACCACCAUCCCUGCUGUGGAGGACGCGGAUGGCGUUGUCCAGGUGAAGAAAAAGAAGAAGAAGAAGGCAACGGCAGUCCAGGAGGGCCAAGAUGAGAAUGCAGCUGCCGCAAGUGAACCCACUGCCACUCCAGAGCAGACUCCGGAAGCAGUAAAGCCAAAGAAGAAGAAGAAGAAAGCAAGGGCCGCUGAAAUCCAAGAUUAG